GCGAGCGCUCGAGCCUCCAGCAACAGAAACGCCCUGCAUCCUCUCUCCUCUCCUCCAGCAUCUAUCCUCCGUUUCCUCUCCGCUCCUCCAGACGCGGAGGGCCGCUCUGAACCGACAGAAAGCCGAACAGGACCCCGCUGAAAGACAUGGCCGUGUAGACCCAGAGAGGAUAAACCAGAACCGACAUGGAUCCUUCGCUUUCCUCCUUCCUCCACCUCGUCCUCAUCGCUUCCCUGAGCUGCUUCCCUGCUUCUUCUGCCGAGCGGAGAGUCGGUUGCCUGUUUGACAAUGAGCUGUGUUCAUCGUACGAGAUCUGCGUCAACGAUGGCAUGUUUGGGAGGUGUCACUCUGUUCCGGUCAAGGAGGUUUACACCUACGAUGUCUCCCCAUCUGUAGUGCAACGCUUCAGGAUCCUCCUGGAGAAGCUGUCCAAGAGAGGUUUGACAUGGGCCGAUGAGACCACCCAGCAGGUUCUGUCAAAAGAGUUGUCCAAACUGAGGAGGAUUCCCUACAGACCCUCACAGAGAGGAACUCUCUACAAUGCCAACACCAGGCUGGUGGCUGAAGCGAUGGACCCAGAAGACCAGAGGGUGAAGCCGGUGGAGGUGGAGCUGAGCAGAAAUCUGCAGACAUAUCUCCAACGUCUGGGCCUCCUUCCUAAGACAUCAGCAGCCUCCAGUGUGAGCAUGCCUGGAAAGAAUGACCGCUUCCCAUCGGGCAUCUUUACGGACAUCUAUCGCUCCAAAUCUAAGCCCUCAACUGAGAAGUCGUCUCCCUCCAGCCUUUCAUCUUUUUCAUCUUUCCAGUCGCUUCAAAAGCAGAGACCUCCAUCUGACCAGCUCCUCACCCCACAGGCUGAGGGUGACCUUCUUCUGAGCGCCCUGAGGCAGUAUCUCUCCAGGCAUCUCUCCCUGCACAGUGCGGGGGUGAACCCCUCUGAGCAGGAAGCCCCCUCUCUGCGCCUCAGGCCCCUCUACAGUGGUGGCACUGAAAAAUCUGGGCUCACAAAGGAGUCCUCCAAGUCUAGGCUUCUGAAGAUGGGAAGAACUCAAGGGGCUUCAGCCAAAGAGCCGCUUACAUCUGUGGAUGAGAGGUUCAUUGAGAACGUUGUGAAGAACGUUGGCAGGCAGCACGUGGAUGUGGAUGACCUGACGCCACAUGACUUGGACCAGCUGUCCAGCCUGAUAGCUGAUGCUCUGCAGGUGGUCGACCAGAACCAGGGACUAAACGGGGGUCUGAACCGGGUUAGAGGACCUGGACCUCGAGACCUGGAGGAAGAUCAGAGUGACAGAGAGGAGGAGGUGGCUGCUGGAGAUGUAGACGAAGAGAAGUUGCCACAGUAUGCACCAACUCUAACACCACAGGACACCACUCCUGUGUCACUGGCAGCACUUGAGGCAGAACGCCACAUCGAUGCAGAGGAAGAUGAUGUGAAGGACGAGCCUGAGAGCGCCAGCCUCUUCAGCAAACUCAUCGCCUUCCUUGACAAAACACCUUUUGCUGGCCCUUCCUCAGCAAGAAGCCGCUAUGAUGUUGCUGUGGAGAAGGCCAGAGGCCAGCAGGUGGGUCUGGAAAAUGUCCAGAGUCGCACCAGCGAGAUGGGUGUGACCGUGCAGAAGAAGGAUGCCACCCAGUCUGUGGAGGAGGUGUCAGAGGUGGAGGGCUGGAUCAAGGAGGUGGUGCCUCCUCCCGCUUCUCUCGUGUACGAGGAGCCUCAUAAGAAGACGAUGCACGUUCCAGAGCUUCAGCUGGACGUCAAAGCCAACAGGAAGAAGCCGGAAGAGGAUGUUUUCGGUUACGUCAUCACCGACACGGAUGGGCUCCAGACAGAUGAAGGCCUUCACCUGAUGGAGAUUCUGGCUCGGCGGGCAAAUAUCCAGAUGACUGACUUUGCAGAGCUCUCGGUGGUGGGUCCGGCCGUGACCUUCAAAGUGAGCCCCAACAACCAGAACGUCAGCACCGCAGAUGUGGCCAACGUGGCAGUUAAGCAGAAAGCAUCUCUGGAAAAGGAAGCCAAGGUCACCAUCCUGGAGGCCGGAGUCGCAGAUGGAAGCCAGAUCAACCAGAUUCCCACCAAGUACAGCCAAGCAGAGUCAACCAAGUUCCUCGUUCUCACCAUUGUGUCCAUCUUGUGCAUUGCUGGGGUGCUACUGGCCUCCACCGUGGUCUACUGCCUCCGCAAUCGCUCCCACCACAAACUUAAGGAAAAGCUCACCAAUCUGGGGACGGAUACUGGCAGCGAUGCUACUGCCACCUAUCAGGAGCUGUGUCGGCAGCGGAUGGCAGUCAAGCCUCCUGAGCGUCCAGAGCCCAUCUCCUCUAGGAUCAACAGCGUCUCAUCUCAGUUCAGUGAUGCUGGUCAGGCCGUCAGCCCCUCUGCACGAAGCAGCAUCUCCUCAUGGAGUGAAGAACCUGCCCACUCAAAUAUGGACAUCUCUACUGGUCACAUGAUAUUGUCUUACAUGGAGGAUCACCUGAAGAAUAAGGAUCGCCUGGAGAAGGAGUGGGAGGCACUGUGUGCAUACCAGGCUGAACCCAAUGCAAGCACCAUCGGCCUCAAGGAUGGCAAUGCAAAGAAGAACCGCUCGACUACUGUGGUGGCAUAUGAUCACUCCAGAAUCACCUUGAAGGUGGAGAGCAGCCAAGGCAACUCUGAUUACAUCAAUGCGAGCCCAAUUAUGGAUCAUGAUCCGAGGAACCCGGCCUACAUUGCCACUCAAGGUCCUCUACCCUCCACUGUGGCUGAUUUCUGGCAGAUGGUAUGGGAGAAUGGCUGUGUGGUCAUUGUUAUGCUGACACCUCUUGUCGAGAACGGGGUGAAGCAGUGCUACCAUUACUGGCCUGAUGAAGGAUCCAACCUGUACCACAUCUACGAGGUGAACCUUGUGUCUGAACACAUCUGGUGUGAUGACUUCCUGGUUCGAAGCUUCUACCUGAAAAACAUGCAGACCAAUGAGACACGAACCGUCACCCAGUUCCAUUUUCUGACCUGGUUGAACCAAAACGUCCCAGGAGCCAGCCGGACGCUUCUCGACUUCCGCAGGAAAGUAAACAAGUGCUACCGGGGUCGCUCUUGUCCCAUCAUAGUCCACUGCAGUGAUGGCGCAGGAAGAACUGGUACCUACAUCCUGAUCGACAUGGUCCUCAACAAAAUGGCUAAAGGUGCCAAGGAAAUUGACAUUGCUGCGACUCUGGAGCACCUCCGGGACCAGAGGCCAGGAAUGGUCCAGACUAAGGAUCAGUUUGAGUUCGCGUUGACAACUGUUGCUGAAGAGGUGAACGCCAUCCUGAAAGUCCUUCCCCAGUAAAAAAGAGAAAGCCACCUCCCGGGUCUUCUGCAUGUCCUCUGCUUUUCCAGCUGGAGGACUGUCCAUGUUAUCCCUCCUUCUGUUUUCCUUUCCCUUGUUUUCAUUCCUUACUUUAGGUCUCUCUUCAUGCUUCCAUUACUCUCCUCCUCCAGUACAUUUUUGCUUUUCCAUGUUGUUUGAUACGUCUUCAUUUUACCAAUUUCCCACCUUUUCUCAAGCCUUUCCAUCUCUUCUAGUAUUUUCUCAUCCAUCUGUUCCUCUUCAUGAAGCAAUCACUCUUUUCCUUGUCCCGUUUUCACAUUUCUUCAUUUCUUUGCCUCACUCCCUGUUUUAUCUUGCAUUUCUUGAUGUCUUUCCUUUUGUCUUUAUAACACCCUCCUGUUACAUCUCAUCAACUUUCUGACUUAGUAAACAUUGUGCCAGUAAACCGUUGAAUGAGUAGUGUACAUAGCCUUACCUGUGUUGUUGUGAUCCCUGCAGCUUGUUUUUCCAAAGUGACAUUUUGAUAGACUACAAAAUAUUUUUCCUCAUUGUUCUGUUGGGAAUAUAUUUAUAAUAGCUUCUGUUCCUAGAUCAGCAUCAACCUCAUCGGCAUCAGUUUAGUGAGUGUUUGGCUGCAUCAAAAUCUACUUUUCUUUUUCUUUUAUUUUCAAUUGGCAUGAUCAAAGUGAGUUUAAUCAAAAGCUUGUUGAGCACUGGUUUCCUCAGCAGUGUCCAUCUUUUAUUUGCCAAACCUGAGUGUUAAACUGAACUGAUGCCCCUGAUUGGUCUUUUGAGUGUGUGUGAAGUUAAUUAUGAU